UUCCUUUUCACAUCCAUCUGCAGACAAUCCGCAGAUAAUGCACCUCUGAUCGGAGUCUUCCUUCUUCUCUGGGCUUCUUUCCCAUAUUAUCUGAACCUUGAUUUCAUUCACUGAGAUUUCUCCUGGCGUUCUUCCCAUUCUAUUCUUCCAGCUUGGAGCUCUUGAUGCACCACCAGUUAUUGACUUGAACUUCUUGUAUCUCCAGUACAUUUGUUCUUUUACACGCGUACAAACUAAUCUUGGUUCUUUCGUUCAUUCUACAAUUCUUCAACCUUCAAGUAUCUCAACGAUUAUUAUCAAUUGGUGAUUGUAGUAUCGUCAAGUGAGCAAUAAUCUUCGAUCUACUGUCAUUUUGAACUCAUAAAAUCCCUUUUCCAACGAUCUGCACAAUUUUCACGUCCUCGAGACACUCCAUUUUGACACCUUCUUUUUGUCAUUGAAUCAAGAACUUUGUUUUCAAGCAUGUCGUCAUUCAAUCGUUCUUAUGGUCAAUCACCACCUUCUCCAGUUUCUAAUGGCGCUUUCGAGUCCAUCCAGGGAACGCCUAACACUGCCAUCACCGCGAUCUCCCCGGAGGACGCAAGAGUUCCUAAGCCCUUGGCUACAGACUCUCGUACAUCUUCUGUUACUCAAUUGGCUGCUAACCAACAUGAUCCGUUCGUCACAGCGGGUACUACAAGUAGAGCUUCGGCUCAACUUUCCGCCACCGCUUCCACGUUCCAACCAUUGCAUCUUUAUGGGCCUGUUGUUGGUACGCCCGCUGCAGGAAGUCUUAUCAUCAACGGGUCUGGAUCCGCCACUCUUAUCCCAGGUACAAUUCAGUACUUAGAUAACGUGGUAGCAUCACAGUCACCGGCUCGUGAGACCGAAAUUACCAGCUAUGGCGUAAGUUUUCAUUUUCCUUUAUCUUCUCCAUGAUACAAUAUACUAAUGGUUCAUAGAAAUUCAGCACAGAUACUGGUGCCACCCGUUGCCUUAAAAUCACCGACAUCUAUCAAAAGGUAGACGUCCUUAGCUGUGUCCGGUUUUCUUUCGAGGUUAGUUUUACUUUAUCAUUAGUUUGUUUACCAUGUGCUUUCGCUGACAAAUUGCCACAUAGAAAUUGGAAAAGGCUGGAGUCACCAUCGCCGGCGGGAAGAGAAUUGAGACGACUAAGAAUAAUGUUGUCUAUAUUAGGAUGUCCAACAUAUAUGAAGCCGCCAAGGUGUAUACCGCAAUCAAGGUCGAUCAUGUUGAUUGUGCGGUGGAAUAUAUCAAAGCAAAUGAAUUUGGCGGCGUUCGUAAACCCUCCACUCGUCAGUGAAAGAAGAACUAACAUUUCAAAGGCCAUCAGUCCUCAAUCGAGAACCGUGUACUCUGCUCAUGAGGGUCAAGUUAUGCUAACAGCCACGUAUCCCCCAAAUACCAACAUUGACAAGAAGGUCUUUGAAGAAAGCCUUCGUGACUUGUUGUCUAUCGAAGGCGAGCUUUACGCAUGGCAAAAGUUUCUUGCGACCGAAGCAGGUACCUUUCGCCUUUGUGCGGAGUUUGUCGAUUCAGCUAUGGUGUCUCGUGCCAUCGAUCGUUGCAACAACAAGCUGAUUGGCGUGCGUAACUUCUGUUUUCGCGAUUGAAAACUACUGACCUUUUCCCAGAACAUUCUUGUCAAGUGCGAGAUGCACACACCCGACGUUAGCAAGAAUCGUGGCAUCAUGCGUAACAAUCUGGCACAAGCUGUGACUCCUACUCGUCGCUCGGCUCCUCAAACUGACAUCAGUGAUGUGCUUGGACACAUGUCACUUCAAGCCCCUCAAACACCUGGAUUCCCCAGCAAUGCUGCUUUGUUCAAUUCUGGUAGCCCAAUUCCCCAGGCUAUUCAGUAUAUGACCACCAAUCAUUAUGGCUUGUUACCUUCCAACACAGUUCCUUAUGUUGUAAAUAACUUGGGUGGUUUGUAUACCAGUCAGCCUCUUGCAUUCCAGGCGGGAUUUCCAGGAGCUGUUACAACAAAUCGACCUUCACAGGUCAUGGAGCCUUAUGACUCCUUUUCGGCUCAGGCAUACUCACCACAUACCUACGCUAAUCACUUUGCUCAGCAAGGUGUUCAACGAUAUCCAACGAGUCCACAGACCUAUGGGCACAACUUUGGCUAUAUGAGUCCGCAGACUCCUAACUCUCGUGAAAUUGCUCGCAAUGGUAAUCGUCGCCAGCUUCCCAUUGUUAGGACACCUCAGGGACAACUACGAGGACGUGGUGCGUCUAACCCUGCCGCUAGCCACCACAACCAUGUCGACAUCAAUAAGAUCAACGCUGGCCUCGAUGUUAGAACUACUGUAAGUUUAUACUCAUUUUUACAAGCCUUACAUUUCUGACGCUCAUUCCAGGUAAUGCUGAGGAAUAUCCCCAACAAGGUCGAUCAGGCAAUGUUGAAGAGCAUUGUAGAUGAGUCAAGUUUCGGAAGAUAUGAUUUCAUGUAUCUCCGUAUUGACUUUUCCAAUGAUUGCAAUGUCGGCUACGCAUUUAUCAACUUUGUCGAUCCAAUGGACAUUAUCGAGUUCGUGCUUGCACGAUCUAACCAGAAGUGGCAUAGGUUUAAGAGUGACAAGGUUGCAGAAGUCUCUUAUGCUACAAUCCAAGGUAGAGACUGUCUUAUCCAGAAGUUCCGUAACUCGUCCGUCAUGCUCGAGCCUCCUCACUACAGACCCAAGGUAAUUUAAUCCACCAUUGGUACUGACUUAUAUAGCUGACAACUUGAUGUAGCUCUUUCUAACUCAUCUUGAUGGAGCUAAUGUUGCUGGUUUGGAGGAUGAAUUUCCUUCAUCUGACAAUGCUUCUAAACUCAAGAGAAGCUGUGAAAAUGCUGAACACGUCGGUAAGUUAUAAAUCAAUCUACUUCUAUGUACAUGUUGUCUGACACGAAAAAGGACUUUUCGCUCCAAGUGCUGGCCAACACCUACGUGAUGAACAGCGCCGCCGUCGUUCUCAGUAUGACCGCGGAACCAGCCUUGCCGAGCGUGAGGAAUACGGUUUUGAUGAAGAUGAGGAAGAUCUUCAUCGUAGCCCUUGCCAACAAGGUUUCUCACCACACUGUAAGAUGAUAUUGCUUCCUUCCUACUUAAUGUGACUAACAAAUCUAUAGAUUGAGCAGCUGGAGCUUGACCAUCUUCAAAAGUCAUCCAUACAAUCUGAAGUCAAUUUCGUGCUGCCCACUUUGGUCUGCCGGCUAACUAUAGUCUUGUCAGAUACCAUAUUUCUGGUUUGUGAUUUGAACAGAUUUUAACCUUGGGAAUGUUUGGGUGAACUUCACGACAAGCCUCAUGGUUUAAGUUUUGAAGCAGUUUGGUCGAUCUAGUUGACUGUUUCUAAUUUUCCUUUUCAAACAUAAAAGUUUAUCAUAUUGCUUCAUAUGGAACUGUUUCUUGCGACACCAGACUUCUUUGCUUAAUUUACUUGGCGGUUGAAUUUGUGGUGGCUUCAUGGCCCCGGUUUUGAUCCUAGGUACA